AUGACAAGCGAGGAAAGAACCCGGAACCAGAUCACUACCUCGCAUUUCCUGUGCGGUGACCGCUUCAACCCGAACAACAUCUGCACCAACUGCGGGCACGCCGGCCACUGGCUCGGCGACUGCGUAUUUCCAGACGACAACGGCACAAUCAUGGGAUGUCCGGUCCACAACACAAAGCUUCACGUCUUCGACGACCGCCCAGACCUGCCGUAUAUGACCCUCCAGCAGCGCGUGACGGCCCUCGUCGUGCGCAGGCGGAACGAGCCCGCGAUCCGGUCGAGGAAGCCGUGGAUCGAGCUCGUAAAGGAGACAAUGGGUCAGGGCCUGGAAGAGUUGGUGUGGGCGCCCUCGGUGUGGACGCAGGAGUUUGUGGUGCGAAUGAUUCACGACCGCAAAGCCCUUCAGCCGUGGCUCGACUUCGAUUACGGUCAGGACCUCGUGUCCAAGUUGCCCGUCAAUCCGGAGACGCAGGGAGAUCUUGAGUCUUUGCUGCAAAAGUCUUUGUUGUGGGACCAGGUUCAUAUGCCCGUUCGCCAGGCUCGUUAA